CCGCUGCAGACGAGGAAACCCGUCGGCUUCCAGGCACAGCAGUGUAUGAAAUCGUCCAGUCUCACAUGGAGAUAUUAAGGCAGUACUUUGGCCUAGCCUGUUCAGUUAAAUCAGUUAUUCGAAACGUUUGCAUCGGCGAUUGCUGCAGCCGACAGUUUCCAUAACAAACCUUGCUGUACUGCCGGGAAAAUGAGGCUGAGUCCCGGCUUCCUUGAGGUGCAAACUGCAUCCGAUGGGGAUCGCGCCGUCCUUUCGCUUUCAAACAUCGGCCAGCCCGAUGCACCACUUCAUUAUGUUGCGGUCCCAAUUGAUGGAUUCUGACAUGGACUAUGAGAGGCCAAAUGUCGAGACUAUCAAGUGCGUGGUGGUGGGGGACAACGCUGUGGGAAAGACCCGGCUCAUCUGCGCUCGGGCCUGCAACGCCACACUCACCCAGUACCAGCUGCUCGCCACGCACGUGCCCACAGUCUGGGCCAUCGACCAGUACCGUGUUUGCCAGGAGGUUUUGGAGCGGUCCAGGGAUGUGGUGGACGAUGUCAGCGUAUCCCUGCGCCUCUGGGAUACUUUCGGAGAUCAUCACAAGGACCGCCGCUUUGCAUAUGGCAGGUCAGACGUUGUGGUGCUGUGUUUCUCGAUAGCCAACCCCAACUCCCUGCACCAUGUGAAGACCAUGUGGUAUCCGGAGAUCAAGCACUUCUGCCCACGCGCCCCUGUCAUUCUGGUUGGCUGCCAGCUGGACCUGCGCUACGCCGACCUGGAAGCUGUGAACAGGGCACGGCGCCCCCUGGCAAGACCCAUUAAGUCCAAUGAGAUCCUGGCACCAGAGAAGGGUCGUGAGGUGGCCAAGGAGCUGGGCGUGCCCUAUUACGAGACCAGCGUUGUGGCACAGUUUGGGGUGAAGGACGUGUUUGACAAUGCAAUCCGCGCCGCCCUCAUCUCACGCCGGCACCUGCAGUUCUGGAAGUCGCACCUGCGCAACGUGCAGCGGCCCCUCCUGCAAGCGCCCUUCCUCCCGCCCAAGCCCCCGCCCCCCAUCAUCACCGUGCCCGCGCCCCCCUCCUCCACCGAGGAGCACCCGGGCCGGCUGCUGGAGGACCCGCUGUGCGCCGACGUCAUCCUGGUCCUGCAGGAGCGCCAGCGCAUCUUCGCCCACAAGAUCUACCUGGCGACGGCCUCCUCCAAGUUCUACGACCUCUUCCUCAUGGACCUCGGACCCGAGGAGGAGGAGGAGGAGGGGGCGAAGAAGGAGGAGGACGAGGGGCGGCCGCGCCGGGCCCCGCCCCUCUGUGGGCGGGAGCUGCUGAUGCGGGCUGCCAGUUUCGACGUGUGCGAGAGCAGCGAAGGGGGAGGCGACCGGGCCAGCCUGCGGGCCUGCACCAGCGACGGCACCCUGAAAGGGGGCGGCUCGGAGGGGGCCCGACGGGGCAGGCUGCUGUCCUCCUGGAGCCGGGCCUUCGUCAGCAUCCAGGAGGAGCUGGUGGACGACCCGGUCACCUACAGCCCCCGGCUGAUGACGGUGGUGCGCCUGGACCCCUCGGUGCAGCUGGGGCCCUUCCGCGCCGUGCUGCGCUACCUGUACACGGGCCAGCUGGACGAGCGUGAGAAGGAGCUGAUGCACAUCGCACACAUCGCCGAGCUGCUGGAGGUCUUCGACCUGCGCAUGAUGGUGGCCAACAUCCUCAACAACGAGGCCUUCAUGAACCAGGAGAUCACCAAAGCCUUCCACGUGCGCCGCACCAACCGCGUCAAGGAAUGUCUGGCCAAGGGCACCUUCUCAGAUGUGGUGUUCAAAUUGGAUGAUGGCACCAUCCUGGCCCACAAGCCCCUGCUCAUCUCCAGCUGUGACUGGAUGGCGGCUAUGUUUGGGGGGCCCUUCGUGGAGAGCUGCACCAAAGAGGUGCUGUUCCCAAACACCACGCGCAGCUGCAUGCGGGCGGUGCUGGAGUACCUGUACACUGGACGCUUCUGUUCACGGCCUGACCUGGACGCCAUGGAGCUCAUCGUCCUGGCCAACCGUCUCUGCCUGCCUCAUCUGGUGGCCCUCACAGAGCUGUACACGGUCACAGUACUAAUGGAAGCUGCUAUGAUGGGGGCUGAUAUUGAUGGGGACGUGCUGGUAUACCUCGAGAUGGCUCAGUUUCACUGUGCCCAUCAGCUCACUAACUGGUGCCUUCAUCACAUCUGCACCAACUACAACAGCGUGUGCCGCAAGUUCCCUCGAGACAUGAAGGCCAAGUCCACAGAGAACCAGGACUACUUUGAGAAGCACCGCUGGCCGCCGGUGUGGUACCUGAAGGAGGACGAUCACUACCAGAGAGCACGCAAGGAGCGAGAGAAGGAAGACUACCUGUACCAGAAAAGACAGUGCAAGCGAAAGUGGCUCUUCUGGAACUUCCCCUCCUCCCCCUCCUCCAAUCCCUCCUCCUCUGGUUCCUCGGCUAUUGUCUGAGCAGCUUUCCAGGGAGCGGCUCCACAUGCUUUUGGAAUUACAGAGGGAAGGGGCUGGAGUGUGAAGCUUCAGCAGCGUUGACUGGACAGGCCCAGCUCA